AUGUGCAAUAGUAGCGCCUCUGGGACUGGCAAUAUUGGCCAGAGUGGAACGAUUUCCACAAUUCCCACGGCUGUGAGCGGUUAUGACGAGUACUACGAUUCCAGCUGGCAGCUCAUUCCGCCGGAUUACGGUGCCACAGAGUACGACUACAAGUACGACCUUGCCGCAUAUGUAAGGUGCCUGGGAAUGGCUCGUGCAGACGGUGAAGAGGAAUUUGGCAGCAAUACGUCCAGUACGGAAGCGGACCAAGGAAUCGCUCCGAAACAUGUUUAUCGAAGUGGAAAAUACUAUCAAUUCGCACCCGUUAACGCACGUCCCGAUGGAAAACCCAGAUUCUCCAGUUCUGACCCUGUACCUCUUCCUCCUGGGUUCCUCAAGUGGUCUCAAAUCAGCGUCAACUCUGGACGAUCGUGCAAUGGCUUUGAAGCGAUCCUGGUGCGCUUCGAAGCUGAAAAUCCUAUAAAUUCGAAAGUGGCGACCGAACGGGUAUCGAAACCAAAGUUGGAUAAGCUGCUCUCGAAAUGUGCACCAUUACUGCAGUGGGCGCCCAUUUUCAUGCCGGCAGCCGCGCUCAAUCACAGCUUACUACGUGCGGCGGCACUGUACCCGAUUAUGCUGAAUUCUUCGCUGCCUGGAAUUCUGGAUAGCAUGAAAAUUCCUGCUGUUCAGCGAUCGGGCUUUCAUAUCAGUGACAUUUUGGAACUCAACAAUCAUAACGUCCACGGUAAAGAAUACCAUCAAGCCCAUUUGCAUCCCGGUAUCGCGACUGCAGCCUCUGAUCCGCAUCCAGCACGUGGAGAGAGUACAAUUGGAGUAGAAUACUCGUCCAUCUCUGCACUUCAUCACCAACCGGAUUCGGACCAAUCGCAUAUUGCGCACUACAGUUCCAACGGCGGCGGCACAUCGAACAACUACGCGCCGCUACAUGUGCCUCCUCCUCCCCCACCACCAGCCUACGGAGAGUUACCACCAUACUACCACCAUUCCCAUCCUCAUUUGUUUCCCGGCGCAGCUGGUCCAUCCUCCAAUGGAGUUUCAUCGACACUACCCCGAACGUGGUACUACGACAACAACAGCACCGAUUACGUACCUUCCGUUAUACAAAACCUUGAAGCUGGCAUCAACCAGCAGGUUAGUCCGGACAGCACAUCGCCGGUAGCAGAUAUUCCACCCUACACAACGAUCGGCGGCAACUAUAACAUACCGACAGCGGUUAUCGAAACCUCUGACCGUUUGGAGCGAGCGGGCACCGACAGCAACAACAACAACCAUAACAGCAACAACACCUGUGACGGUGACUCGCUGGACGAUAGCAUCGAGGUCGGUAAUUCGGGUGAUGACCGGGCGGAAAACGAUAGACCAGCCGGUUCUGGAGGUUCUAGUCAAAAGAAGCGCAAACGGCGAAUACUGUUUUCCAAAUCGCAAACCUACGAACUGGAGCGACGAUUCAAACAGACCCGGUACCUUUCGGCACCCGAGCGCGAGCAUCUGGCCAGCAUGAUCCAUCUGUCACCGACACAGGUGAAGAUUUGGUUCCAGAACCAUCGGUAUAAGACCAAGCGGGCGCAAACGGAAAAGAUCACAAAUUUUGCGCAUCAAAUAGCGAGCUCACCGAAGCGGAUAAACGUGCCGGUUCUGGUGCGUGACGGAAAACCCUGUCACGGAGCGGUGGGGACAAUGAUACCGGGAAAGGCCGGACAAGAGGGACUACAUUCUCAGUCACAGCAGCAGCAGCAGCAUUUUUUGACUGGAAGUCUGCACUCGCUAGUUAGCGCCGGCGGUACGGAACAUGGCACUAUUGGACUAAACUAUCAGCACAAUAGCACGCAGGGUAUUAUGCAGAAUCCAGUUGGAACGGGUGGCUCCAGGUGGUGGCCUUGA